AUGACCAUUUCACAGCUCUGGAAAAGGGCAUUGGUGCCGAGAUACCGAGGUGAAGGACUGUCGGUGAUACGACAUCCCUAUGGGAUGUCUUCGUUAAGAUACUCGUCUCAGCUCCAGACAUAUACUCCUUCCCAGAACGCAUUGCUUGAGCAAUUGAGAGGACGCAGCACCAAAAAGCUGGUAGAAGCAAUCAAAUCAGGAUCACGAUUUCUGGAUGAGCAUUUGCCUCUGCUCAAGACAGAUUUUGAGCUUGCCAGGAGGCUGUAUGAGCAGGGAGAAUUGCCGGAGGCAUUCAAAUUGAUCAAAUCACUUGCCUGCUUGUCGAAUAAGAAACUGCCCAGUAGUCGAAACUACCGAUUAUCGCUACUAAAGAACUUAUUUGGUCUGUCAUUUGUGAAAAAGCAGCAUGAAACGGGGUUCAUAUACGAAUUCACUGACCAGCACAGAGACCUUUUUGCCUACGGUGUACGGAGCAUGAUGAUACACAACAGCGAUUUGUGGAAGAUGACGAAUAAAUCCACUAUGGCUCAGCUGGGAGACCAGAAGAAAUAUCCCGAGCUUUCCCAAAGGCAGGUUUUCCACUUUCUUGUACAUACUUCGCUGAUGAUGGAAAAUCCCAGAUGGGCUGCUUACACUUACGAGAAGAUGCUGAUGAAUGGCGACGGAUGUUAUGAUGUUUCGCAAGACCUUUUAAUUCUGAGGCCGAUUAUUUCACAUCUUUUGGUGAAGGUCCCCGAUAAUGACAUGGAGAACCUGAAAUUGAUUUCCAAACUGGUUAGAUCACAGAACGAAGCUGUUCAAGCCAGAGGCGGCCAUAAAUACGAAAUGAGUGUUUCUGAGCUAAAUCAGUUACUUGAAAAUGUUUCUAUGAUCCCCAAAACAACUCCUCAAUCACUUCGUUUGAGGAGAGAGGUUUUCGAGCUGGUCACAAGGCAAAUGCCAAGUAGCAAUGAAGAAGGAAUGGUGACCACUUGGCAGGACAUGGACGAUUUCAACCUCAGAGAAUCCUAUUUGAGUUUUGGAUACGAGAUUAUUGAGCAAAGCAUUGAGUUUACUAACGAGGCACCUGUUUUCAAGGUCUGGUACAUCAUCAAGUCUACUCUGCAGAACAUUUAUGAGGCCUCAGGAGAUACCAGAAAAGACGUUAUUUCUUCGAUGAGACAUCUCACGGUCUUAGCGAAGGUUGUUACCUUUUUUUCCAGAAGCGGAAAGUAUAUCGGAGUUGUUCCUGAGGUACUCAGAGAUGUUCCCAUGAAAGGGUGUCUUGAGUGUCCCCAGCUGGCGAGUGCUCUGAUCAUGUAUGCGGCAAGAACAAAAAACUUUGAAGUUGCCUCCAACAUCGUGGAUCUUUUGGCAGAAGUCAAGAACGGAUCUGAAGAAAAACGUUCUUUGACUCGAGGUGAAUUGAACGCGCUGCUGCGGUUGCAUUUGGAGAUGAACGACAAUGAUGGGGUCCAGAGGAUUCUCAAAUCACUCUACGAGGAGCAUGGCGGAGCUUCGCAUGCUGACCUCAAUAUGGUGAUCCACAAGAUGCUGUAUAUUAACAAUGAUAUUGUUACUGCUUCGAGAAUGCUCGAACAAUUGCCUCCUACGCUAGCAAAGUCCGGGAUCAUCACCAUGCUGAAUUACAUGAUCGACAACGACCAGAUGGACUUUGCCAAGAUCCAAAAUAUGUACUCACAAAUGGAGGCCGGACUGUCUCCCGCAGAUCCGGUUUGGCUGUACUGGACUUCUGCUUAUUUCAAGUAUCUCACUUGCAAGUUUGAGGUUGAUGUUGCACAGAACGUGUACCUGAUGUCGUUGAAUGAACGAAAGAGCGAAGACUGCCCAAUUAUAAAUGCAUAUGGGGUUCACAACAAUCCUUUCCGAAUGAGACAUGAGAACGUGAGAAUAUACUUACCCAAUAGACUCAGGUCUCUAGUUUUGCGGACGAUUUCGCAUUCAUGCAUUUCCAAGGCCAAGGCAUGCGAAGAAGGGACGGAACUGACGAAAAUCAAAGAGGUGUUCCGGUGGACUCUGGCCGAGCUAAAAAAGAGUGGCCUCGAGACUGUCGAUCUGGUGGUUGAUUUCAAGAGACAUAUCAAAGUGUUCCGAGAAGUUGGUUUAGAGUUUCCGGAGGAUGAAAUGGACGAGGCAGCGAUCCUUUCACCAAAUCAAAGACGCCAGAGAUUUGAUAACUAUUGGACUGGCCGUGACACCAAGAGUAUGAGGGGUCCUAAACCAUCACAAUUGUUGGGAAAACAUAAAAGACACAGAGAGAUUCCAAGAUUAGACGAAUAA